UGCAUACUAAUUAUAAAGCACUCGCCGUAAAAGCGGCGAGUGCUUUAUAAAAGAAAAUGGCUACAAAACGAGGGGAUAAACGGAACAUUGACGGCUCGGCUGUGUCGAAGGAGGAACUGGUCGCUAAUGCUAAGGACUCCACUGCACUGAACGACAGUUGCCCUGCUGCUGGAGGCUCAGCACGUAUGUCUCUCCUCAUUCUACUGGCUGUUUUCACCUGCUCAGCCUCAGUUAUGUAUCUGGUCUAUAGGAACUUCCCGGAGCUUCCCGAUGAUGAAAUGGAGAAAAUCAAGAUCCCGAAAGACAUGGAUGAUGCUAAAGCGUUGGGAACCGUGUUAUCCAAAUACAAAGACACUUACUACAGCCAGGUGUUGCUGGCCUACUUUGCAACAUAUGUUUUCCUACAGACCUUUGCAAUACCUGGAUCCAUUUUCCUCAGCAUCCUGUCUGGAUAUCUUUACCCAUUCCCCCUAGCUCUUUUCUUAGUCUGCCUGUGCUCUGGUUUGGGGGCUUCCUUUUGCUACAUGCUGUCCUACUUGGUAGGCCGACCCAUGGUCUACAAAUAUCUCACAGAAAAAGCCCAAAAGUGGUCCCACCAGGUUGACAAACACAGAGAUCAUUUAAUCAAUUACAUCAUUUUCUUGAGGAUAACGCCGUUCCUUCCCAACUGGUUUAUCAACAUCACCUCUCCAGUCAUCAAUGUGCCCUUAAGAGUUUUCUUCAUCGGGACCUUUUUAGGUGUGGCGCCGCCAUCUUUCGUAGCUAUCAACGCAGGUACAACACUGUACAAACUGAUCACAGCCGGGGAGGCCGUGUCCUGGAACUCUCUGGCUGUGCUUGGCGUCCUCGCUGUGCUUUCCAUUUUGCCUGUCUGCUUCCAGAAAAAGCUGCAGCGGAAACUGGAGUAGCUCAGCCCGGGCUGAUCCCAUUCCUCAUAAAACUCCCCCUCCAAUAACUCUCAAGUCCUUCCACUCAGGAGCAUACAUCAAGUUGCUCUUCCUUGGUCACAACUGCUUGAUGUCUGGGUGGGAGGUUCUCCCCCUGGUGAUAUGAUAAACAUGCCUCGACCACACGGUCCACACAAUGUUGGUUUGUUCCUCAUGUUUGAACUGGCCACAGUGCACGCAUGUUUGAUUUUUUGUGAAUUAUUUGUCAUACUCUUUUUUUUUUUUCUUCUUCUUUUUUAAGGCACUUUGCAACAAAUUGUUUGGUCCUUGCUAGACAGUUAAAGGCACUGCUUGUAGUAUGUUGGAUACCAUUGAUAUAGUAUUCAGCCUAUGUUCCUAUACAAUCAUUUUUAAUAGGUGAUGGUAUUACUGCAGGCCAGCACGGUGUAACAGGUGUGAGUGCAUGUGCCUCACAAUACGAAGGUCCUGAGUUUUCCUUGGUUCAAUCCCGGGCUCGGGAUCUUUUUGUGUGGAGUUUGCAUGUUCUCCCCGUGACUGUGUGGGUUCCCUCCGCGUGCUUCGAAUUCCUCCCACCGCCAGGGACAUGCACCUGGGGAUGGGUUGAUUGGCAACACUAAAUUGGCCCUAGUGUGUUAAUGUGAGUGUGAAUGUUGUCUGUCUGUCUGUGUUGGCCCUGUCAUGAGGUGCCGACUUGUCCGGAGUGUGCAACGCCUUCCGCCCGAAUGCAGCUGAGAUGGGCUUCAGCAACCCCCCGCGACCCCAAACAGGACAAGCGGUAGAAAAUGGAUGGAUGGUAUUACUGCUUCCAAAGCACAUCAUUUCACAGUAACGUUCACUUCAGUGGAAUUCAAGAUCCUGUUUGCAGCCCCUAAACAUUCACUCACUGUCAUUUUGUUGUUUUUUUUCACAGAAAAAAGCAAAACCUCUGUCAUUGUCACUGAUGUGUUGAAAUUGAAGUUUAUUUUUUCGAUAUCA